GUUUUUCAGCCUUCCCGUCUUGAGAAGAAAGCGCAGGAUUGCAUCAAUAGAGGAGAGUUCUAUGAAGCUCACCAAGUUUAUCGUACUUUGUAUUUUCGGAUGACACAGCAAGAACAUUUUGAGGAUUUGCUCCAGAUUCUUUGCACUGGAUCGCAGAAGUUGGGUGAUGUGAAAGAGUCACUGAGUGCUCUCGAUCUUGCGGAGCUCUAUGCGGAAACACUAUUUAAAGCAAAGUGUGAGCCCUCUGAGAAAAUUUUUGAUCAACUUUAUACGAUGCUUCUACAGCUCUGUGAUCCUAAAUUCCCCGUCCCUAAUGCGGAUUCUCUGAACAAGUUCAUUUCAACAUGUGUGAAAUGGUCUCAAAUCGUUGCAAGCAGGCGUCGUGAGCGGAAACAUGGGCUU